CCUCAUUAAAAAAAACAAAUACCAGUCAGCUCCGUGAGCAAGAUACAAGGUACUUUCGGCUACCCUUGACAACCUCGCAGAUCCCGGUGGGCAUGGCCAGCAAGGGCUUGCAGGACCUGAAGCAGCAAGCAGAAGGGGCUGCUCAGGAUGCGGUGACUGCAGCUGGAGCAGCAGUUCAGCAAGUGGUGGAUCAGGCAACAGAGGCAGGGCAGAAAGCCAUGGACCAGGCCACCAAAUCCACUCAGGAAACCAUCGACAAGGCAGCUAACCAAGUCACUGAGACUGUCUCAGGUUUUGGGAAAAAAUUUGGCCUCUUGAAGUGACAAAAGGGAGCCCUGGGUGACUCCCCUCCAGGCCCUGCUGCCCCCUUGGCCUAAUGCCUCAUUAAAGCACAUGUUCCUA